AGUCGAGCCGGAGCUGAAGCCGGAGCCGCAGAGACGUGGAAUCAUGAAGGCCUGAGCCGGCGUGCGCCACCCUGGCUGCGGCGGCGGCGGCGGCUUCUUCCGAUCCCCCCUUGCCACCAAACUCGUGUGUCGGUGGAGCUGGAAGCGGAUCUGCCCUGCGGCUGAGACAGGUUGUCUUGUGGAAAUGAAGGCUUAAGGGCAAGUUAUCUACCAGAUUAGAAGAUGGGAUCGAACAGCAGCAGAAUCGGUGAUCUUCCUAAAAAUGAGUACUUAAAAAAGUUAUCGGGCACAGAAUCUGUCUCUGAGAACGACCCAUUCUGGAAUCAGCUUCUCUCGUUUUCUUUCCCUGCACCAACCAGCAGCAAUGAGCUGAAGCUUUUGGAGGAAGCAACCAUUUCAGUCUGCAGGUCUUUAGUUGUAAACAACCCUCGAACAGGAAACCUUGGUGCGCUAAUUAAGGUCUUCCUUUCUAGAACCAAAGAACUAAAACUUUCAGCAGAAUGUCAGAACCACCUCUUCAUUUGGCAGACACACAAUGCUUUGUUUAUUAUUUGCUGUUUGCUGAAAGUGUUCAUCUGUGAGAUGUCAGAGGAGGAACUGCAACUUCAUUUUACUUACGAAGAAAAAUCUCCCGGCAGUUACAGUUCUGACUCUGAAGAUCUUUUGGAAGAAUUGCUCUGUUGUUUGAUGCAGUUGAUCACUGAUAUUCCUCUCCUAGAUAUUACGUAUGAAAUCUCAGUUGAAGCUGUAUCAACAAUGGUGGUUUUCCUUUCUUGUCAACUCUUCCACAAGGAAGUUUUGCGACAGAGCAUCAGCCACAAGUAUUUGAUGCAAGGUCGAUGUCUUCCAUAUACCAGCAAACUUGUGAAAACCUUAUUGUAUAACUUUAUCAGACAAGAAAAGCCACCCCCUCCUGGAGCACAUGUGCUCCCACAGCAGUCAGAUGGGGGAGGACUGCUCUAUGGGCUCGCAUCAGGAGUAGCAACUGGCCUCUGGACUGUCUUCACCCUGGGUGGUGUGGGCAGCAAAGCAGCUGCCUCUCCAGAACUGUCUUCCCCUCUGGCCAACCAGAGUCUCUUGCUUCUGCUGGUGCUGGCCAACCUGACAGAUGCUGCAGAUGCGCCAAACCCCUACAGACAAGCCAUUAUGUCCUUUAAGAAUACGCAAGACAGCAGUCCUUUCCCCUCAUCAAUUCCACACACUUUCCAGAUUAACUUCAACAGUUUGUACACAGCCCUGUGUGAACAGCAGACAUCUGACCAGGCAACUCUCCUCUUGUACACAUUGCUCCAUCAGAAUAGUAAUGUUAGAACAUACAUGUUGGCUCGCACAGAUAUGGAAAAUCUUGUUUUACCAAUUCUUGAGAUUCUGUAUCAUGUCGAAGAAAGAAAUUCACACCAUGUGUAUAUGGCCCUUAUAAUAUUAUUGAUCCUCACAGAAGACGAUGGCUUUAAUAGAUCAAUUCACGAAGUGAUAUUAAAAAAUAUUAGUUGGUAUUCAGAACGGGUUUUAACUGAAAUUUCACUGGGGAGUCUUCUGAUACUGGUUGUAAUAAGAACCAUUCAGUACAACAUGACGAGGACAAGAGACAAGUACCUUCACACCAACUGUCUGGCCGCUUUAGCGAACAUGUCGGCACAGUUCCGUUCUCUCCAUCAGUAUGCUGCCCAGAGGAUCAUUAGUUUGUUUUCCUUGCUGUCUAAAAAACACAACAAAGUUCUGGAACAAGCCACACAGUCCUUGAGAGGGUCACUGAGUGCCAACGAUGUUCCUCUACCAGAUUACGCACAAGACUUGAAUGUCAUCGAAGAAGUGAUUCGAAUGAUGUUAGAGAUCAUCAAUUCCUGCCUGACAAAUUCUCUUCACCACAAUCCGAACUUGGUGUAUGCUCUGCUUUACAAACGAGAUCUCUUCGAACAGUUCCGAACUCAUCCUUCAUUUCAGGAUAUAAUGCAGAAUAUCGAUCUGGUGAUCACCUUCUUCAGCUCACGACUGCUGCAGGCUGGGGCUGAGCUGUCGGUGGAGCGGGUCCUGGAAAUCAUCAAGCAGGGGGCUGUCGCGCUGCCCAAAGACCGGCUGAAGAAAUUUCCAGAAUUGAAAUUCAAAUAUGUGGAAGAGGAGCAGCCCGAGGAGUUUUUUAUCCCUUAUGUGUGGUCUCUGGUCUACAACUCAGCAGUAGGCCUCUACUGGAACCCCCAGGACAUCCAGCUCUUCACGAUGGAUUCUGACUGAGGGCCGACACCAUCUCCCACCCUCACCUCCCUGCAGCCAAGCAGCCCUUCUAGUUACUUUCUUCCUGGGGGAACAGAAGUAGACAGAUUGCCCAAUGUACCUUCCAGCGGAGAGGAUCACACAGGCGUGCUUCCCUUACACACUUGGAUGUGGAGAAUUGGUGACAGUUGGCAGGAGAUCACUCAGCUUAGAUUGUAGUGCAAAAAAGGGGGGAGGGGGGUAUGCGACAAUAAUAAAUGUAAAAACCUGCUAUUCCACAUGCAAUUUUAUUUCUAAACCAAAAAUCUAGAGCUUUUCCAGGAACCCGAUGCCUUAGGCAUGUAACACUUCACCAGUACAUACUGUUUUUUUCUUUGCAUGUUCAAGAUUUUUGUUUUGGUCCAUUGUGUGCACACAUGCACACGUGUGUGUGUGUGUGUACAUGU